CGGGCGGCACGGGGCCCCUCCCCCUCCCUCCGCUCGCCAGCCCCCGCCGCCCGCGCCCGGCGGAGGGGAGGGGCCCGGCGGCCGGCGCGAAGCCCCCAGCCCGGCCGAGGCGCGGGGCGGGGCCGCGGCGUCCCCUCCCCGCAGGCACCUGGGCGGCGGCGGCUCCCGCGCUCCGGCGGGGCUGGGUGCGGCGCCGCUCGGGUCCCCGCCGCGGAGCCAGGUGCGCGCGGACGCCGGCCGUCCCUGGGGGGGCUCCGGCGCGCCCUGACUCGCCGAGCGGCCGCCGGAGCAGAUGCUGAAGGAGCUCUCCAGAAUGUUCCUUGUCCUCUUCGCUUCUUGAAUUUGUGCCGCCUCUUCCUUCAGAGAACUUCAUCCUAAGACAAUAAAUAGACUUCCAUGCUUACGUAGGGCACCAUGCCGCGCAGCCCGACGUCCAGUGAGGACGAGAUGGCCCAGAGCUUCUCUGACUACUCGCUGGGGUCGGAGUCAGACAGCUCCAAAGAGGAGACCAUCUAUGACACCAUCCGGGCCACGGCGGAGAAGCCCGGCACUGCCAGGACGGAGGAGAGCCAGGGCAACAUGCUGGUGAUCCGCAUCCUGAUCCCGGACCUGCAGCAGACGAAAUGCAUCCGGUUUAACCCAGAUGCCACCGUGUGGAUUGCGAAGCAGCGGAUUCUGUGCUCGCUGAACCAGAGCCUGAGGGACGCCCUGAACUACGGGCUGUUCCAGCCGGCCAGCGGUGGGCGCGACGGCAAGUUCCUGGACGAGGAGCGGCUGCUGCGGGAGUACCCGCAGCCUGCGGGCAAGGGCGUGCCCUCCUUGGAGUUUCGAUACAAGAAGCGGGUGUAUAAACAAUCCAGUCUGGACGAGAAACAGUUGGCCAAGCUGCACACAAAGACCAAUCUGAAGAAAUGCAUGGAUCACAUACAGCACUGCUCAGUGGAGAAGAUCGUCAAGAUGCUGGAGCGAGGCCUGGACCCGAACUUCCACGACCUGGAGACGGGAGAAGCUCCCCUGACCUUGGCCGCUCAGCUGGACGACCCUGUGGAGGUGAUCAAAGCUCUCAGGAAUGGCGGGGCCCACCUGGACUUCCGCGCCAGAGACGGGAUGACAGCCCUGCACAGAGCCGCCCGAGCCAGGAACCAGGUGGCCCUGCAGACCCUGUUGGAGCUUGGAGCAUCUCCGGAUUAUAAAGACAGUUACGGCCUCACACCCUUGUACCACACUGCGAUCGUGGGGGGCGACCCCUACUGCUGUGAGCUCCUCCUCCACGAGCAUGCCUCUGUGUGCUGCAAAGAUGAGAAUGGCUGGCACGAGAUCCACCAGGCCUGCAGGUAUGGACACGUGCAGCACCUGGAGCACCUGCUCUUCUACGGGGCCGACAUGGGGGCCCAGAACGCCUCGGGGAACACGGCCCUGCACAUCUGUGCCCUCUACAACCAGGACAGCUGUGCACGGGUCCUGCUGUUUCGAGGUGGAAAUAAGGAAUUGAAAAACUACAACAGCCAGACCCCAUUUCAGGUGGCGAUCAUAGCGGGCAACUUUGAACUGGCAGAAUACAUCAAGACCCACAAGGAGACAGACGUCGUACCCCUUGUGCCAGCCAGGAGGACCAUCUAUGGGGCUCCUCCUCUCUCCCAUCGCCCUGCCGGUGGCUGGGCACAGUCCUGCAUCUUGGAAGAGCCUGCUGGCCUGUGUCUCCCAGCCCCAGGCUUGCGCAGGACCAGCAGCGGGGAGCAGUCCCACUGGAGCAGCGGCGUGCCCUUCCGAGAGGCCCCCGUGUACUCCAACCGCAGGCGGCGGCCUCCCAACACACUGGCCGCUCCCCGGGUCCUGCUGCGCUCCAACAGUGACAAUAACCUCAAUGUCAGCGCUCCCGACUGGGCCACCUGCCCCGCCACCUCCCACCGCAGCCUCUCACCCCAGCUGCUGCAGCAGAUGCCCAGCAAGCCCGAUGGGGCCAUCAGGACCAUCGGGAGCUACGUGCCUGGGCCCCGCAGCCGGUCCCCGUCGCUCAACAGGCUGGGUGGCACCGGCGAGGAUGGCAAGAGGUCCCAGCAGUCCUGGCACAUCGGGCCAGCCUUCCCGCCUGGCGCCAGGGACGCACUGCCCGCCCACGAGCACCUGGAGCCCAAGAGGAAGCUCUACAGCGCGGUGCCCGGCAGGCUCUUCGUCGUCGUCAGGCCGUACCAGCCCCUGGUCGAUGGCGAGAUCCCCCUCCACCGCGGCGACAGGGUCAAAGUUCUGAGCAUCGGGGAAGGAGGCUUCUGGGAGGGCAGCGCCCGCGGCCACAUCGGCUGGUUCCCGGCCGAGUGUGUGGAGGAGGUCCAGUGCAAGCCCAGGGAUAGCCAGGCAGAAACACGUGCGGACCGCAGCAAGAAACUCUUCAGGCACUACACGGUCGGCUCCUACGACAGCUUCGAUGCUUCCAGUGACUGCGUUGUCGAGGAGAAGGCGGUGGCCCUGCAGAAGAAAGACAACGAGGGUUUCGGAUUCGUGCUCCGGGGGGCGAAAGCGGAUACACCCAUUGAGGAAUUCACGCCCACACCAGCAUUCCCAGCCCUGCAGUACCUGGAGUCUGUGGAUGAAGGUGGGGUGGCGUGGCAAGCCGGACUGAGGACUGGGGACUUCCUGAUUGAGGUAAACAAUGAGAACGUCGUGAAAGUGGGCCACCGGCAGGUGGUGAACAUGAUCCGCCAGGGAGGGAAUCAUCUCAUCCUCAAGGUGGUCACGGUCACCAGGAAUCUUGACCCAGAUGACACUGCCAGGAAGAAAGCUCCCCCGCCCCCCAAGCGCGCUCCCACCACGGCGCUCACCCUGCGCUCCAAGUCCAUGACCUCAGAGCUGGAGGAGCUCGGCCUCUCACUAGUGGAUAAAGCCUCCAUCCGGAAGAAGAAGGAUAAACCCGAGGAGAUUGUCCCGGCCUCCAAGCCAUCCCGAGCCGCAGAGAACAUGGCUGUGGAGUCCAGGGUGGCCACCAUCAAGCAGCGGCCCACCAGCCGGUGCUUCCCAUCUGUGUCAGACAUAAACUCCAUGUAUGAGCGCCAGGGGAUUGCCGUGAUGACGCCCACUGUUCCCGGGAGCCCAAAAGGCCCGUUCCUGGGCCUCCCUCGAGGUACGAUGCGAAGGCAGAAAUCAAUAGACAGCAGAAUCUUUCUAUCAGGAAUAACGGAGGAAGAGCGGCAGUUUCUGGCCCCCCCGAUGCUGAAGUUCACCAGGAGCCUGUCCAUGCCAGACACCUCUGAGGACAUCCCCCCACCACCACAGUCGGUGCCCCCGUCUCCACCCCCGCCUUCCCCCACUGCCUACAACUGCCCCAAGUCCCCAACCCCAAGGGUCUAUGGGACGAUCAAGCCCGCAUUCAGUCAGAACUCUGCCAAGGUGUCCCCGGCAGCCCGUUCGGACACGGUCGCCACCGUGCUGAGGGAGAAGGGGAUGUACUACAGGAGAGAGCUGGACCGCUACUCCCUGGACUCCGAGGACCUCUACAGCCGCAAUGCCGCUGCCCAGGCUAACUUCCGCAGCAAGAGGGGCCAGAUGCCCGAAAACCCAUACUCGGAGGUGGGGAAGAUUGCGAGCAAGGCCGUGUACGUGCCGGCCAAACCGGCUAGGCGGAAGGGCAUGCUGGUGAAGCAGUCCAACGUGGAGGACAGCCCUGAGAAGACAUGCUCCAUCCCCAUCCCCACCAUCAUCGUCAAGGAGCCCUCCACCAGCAGCAGCGGGAAGAGCAGCCAGGGCAGCAGUGUGGAGAUCGACCCCCAGGCCUCAGAGCAGCCUGGCCAGCUGAGGCCCGACGACAGCCGGACUGCCAGCAGCCCCUUCGCGGCGGCCAUCGCUGGGGCCGUCCGUGACCGGGAGAAGCGGCUGGAAGCCAGGAGGAACUCCCCAGCCUUCCUCUCCACGGACCUGGGGGACGAGGACGUGGGCCUGGGGCCACCCGCCUCCCGGAUGCAGCCCUCCACGUUCCCCGAGGAUGACGGGUUCGGCGAGGAGAACGGCGCAGAGCCACUGUCACCCACGUCGGGGGUAGCGCCCAUGGAGCCCGAGAACCAUUUUGUGGCUGUUGGUGAGGCGAUAGCUCAGGGUGAGGCCGGCAGGCCACUGAAUUCCACACCCAAAGCCAAGGGGCCUGAGGGGAGCAUGAUGGGGCUCCCCAAGAGCAGCAACGUGGCCAGCCCUGAGAAUUACGUCCACCCGCUCACAGGGCGGCUGCUGGACCCCAGCUCCCCACUGGCCCUGGCGCUCUCCGCUAGGGACCGAGCCAUGAAGGAGUCCCAGCAGGGGCCCAAGGGGGAAGCCCCGAAGGCCGACCUCAACAAACCCCUCUACAUCGAUACCAAAAUGCGGCCUAGCGGGGAAGCAGGCUUCCCUCUGGUCACCAGGCAGAACACGCGGGGUCCCCUGCGGCGGCAGGAAACCGAGAACAAGUACGAGGCGGACCUGGGCAGGGACCGGAAGGGUGACGACAAGAAGAACAUGCUGAUCCGCAUCAUGGACACGUCCCAGCAGAAGUCGGCCGGCCUGCUCAUGGUUCACACUGUGGGCGCUGCCAAGCCGGACGACUUCCUGGAGGAAGAGGACGAGAAAGAGGAUGAGGAAACAAAGCCAGACGACGCACUGUCGGAGGUGCCAGGAGGUGUUCCUGAAACCGAAGGUGCUUUACCGACCUCCGCCGGCCUCGAGCCCGCUGCCCCCGCGCCCGGCAGGACCAUCACGGCAGCGGGCUCCGUGGAGGAGGCGGUGAUUCUGCCAUUCCGCAUCCCUCCUCCCCCUCUGGCAUCCGUGGAUCUGGACGAGGAUUUUAUCUUCACAGAGCCAUUGCCCCCUCCCUUGGAAUUUGCAAACAGUUUUGAUAUCCCCGACGACCGUGUGGCUUCUGUCCCCGCUCUCUCAGAAUUGGUCAAGCAGAAAAAAAACGAUGCCCCCCAGUCCCCCACACUGAACCCCAGCCAACCUACCGACUCUGUGGACGGUAAGAAGCCAACUGGUCUUUCUAACUGUCUGCCUGCCUCCUUCCUGCCACCCCCUGAAAGCUUUGACACUGUCACGGACUCUGGGAUCGAGGAGGUGGACAGCCGAAGCAGCAGUGACCACCAUCUCGAGACGACCAGCACCGUCUCCACUGUGUCCAGCAUCUCCACCCUGUCCUCAGAGGGCGGGGAGGGCGUGGACACCUGCACAGUCUAUGCAGACGGGCAAGCAUUCACGGCGGACAAGCCCCCAGUACCUCCCAAGCCAAAAAUGAAGCCCAUCAUUCAUAAAAGCAAUGCACUUUAUCAAGACACGCUAGUGGAGGAGGGCGUGCAGGGCUUUGUCAUCCCCCCGCCAGCACCCCCACCGCCGCCGGACAGUGCCCAGCAAGGGACAAAGGUUACUCAGCCAAGGACCUCCAAGUUGUGGGGUGACAUCCCGGAGGUCAAAAGCCCGAUUCUCUCAGGCCCAAAGGCAAACGUGAUUAGCGAAUUAAACUCAAUCCUGCAGCAAAUGAACCGAGAGAAAUCGGCAAAGCCAGGGGAAGGAUUGGAUGCGCCCAUGGGAACCAAGCCUGCCAGCCUCACCCCAAGAAACCCAGAGGUUGUGAGCACCGUCUCAGGUACACGGAGCACGACGGUCACCUUCACUGUCCGCCCGGGGACCUCCCAGCCCAUCACCCUGCAGAGCCGGCCGCCAGACUAUGAUAGCAGGACCUCAGGAACCAGGCGGGUCCCGAGCCCCGUGGUCUCACCGACAGAGAUGAACAAAGAGAUCUUGCCCGCCCCCCACUCUGCUGCUGCGGCGCCUCCGUCCCCCGCCCUCUCGGACGUCUUCAGUCUCCCGAGCCAGCCCUCUCCCGGGGACCUGUUUGGCUUGAACCCGGCAGGACGCAGCAGGUCGCCCUCCCCCUCGAUACUGCAACAGCCAAUCUCAAAUAAGCCUUUUACAAGUAAGCCUGUCCACCUGUGGACUAAACCAGACGUGGCGGACUGGCUGGAAAGUCUAAACUUGGGUGAACACAAAGAGACCUUCAUGGACAAUGAGAUCGAUGGCAGCCACUUACCAAACCUUCAGAAGGAAGACCUAAUAGACCUCGGGGUGACUCGGGUCGGGCACAGGAUGAACAUAGAAAGGGCUCUCAAACAGCUGCUGGACAGAUAAGGGCGGCUGCUCUUCCCCUUUACAGACUUCUUGUUAUAAGUAGAGAUGGGCUUAUACUGAAAUACCUGAAUGGCCAUAAGGUCUGUGAGCACCACCCACUCCAUGGGUCUGUCUCCUGGUACCCAAAGAAAUGCCGAGUGUGUUCAGGGUGGGCCUAUGCAAAGGCCUGCAAACCCCCCAGCUCUGUGGGUUUCUCGGGCUGAGCCUUCUCAACAGGGGACGAGGGAAGGGGGUUUUCUAACAGAAAGAUGCACAGCUUGCCUCCCAGCACAUGGGCAUCCUCACCGGGGCGGGCCCUCUGCCAGAGACUCCCGCCGGGCCAGCACGGGAUCCUUGCUCUCACAGGCAGACACCGACGUACCUAGAUACCUCCUGGGACCUCCCUCCCGCUUUCCAGGGGGUGGCACGAGGCCUGUCCCCCACCUGUGGCCCCCGGGAGCCCCUCAGUGCUCACUCGCUCCCUUCUUUCCUGCACUUUGCUUGCAGGGUGACACCCCCAGACAUGUUCAUCCAGUGCCCCUUUUUGGGCCUCAAAGGUAGAGCAGCUUUUCUUCCUGCAGAUUAUUGACCCCAUCUCUGCGUGCGGCGUGCAUCUGUGGCCCUCUGGCCAUGAGGUUCUCGGCAGUGGUGGGGCAUUUGAGUGGAAUCGUGCCCAGCUUUGCCCAGCUUUAUUUCUGCAAACCUCUUAGCGUAAUUCCAAAGUGGCCAAAGAGCUGUCACAUGGAGUUAGUCAAAGCACAAAGUCACGAUUCCAAGGAGGAGGGGAGACCUAGCUGCAAGACGCAGCCAGCAUGCGGCUCCUGCUGGGUCCAAAGUCUUCUCGAGGCCAAGAGCAGUUGUCUGCCGGAGCAUCUCUCCAGGAUUUGAGACAGGGGUUCUCUGCCUUUGGGAAUUUUUUUUAAUUGAAAGGGUGUUGAAUUCUGCAAAGAUCAGAGCAGGUGAGCAUGCACUUCGACAUGAGGGCCAGACUCACGGGUACUGGUGGGCACAUGCUGCUGCCAGGGGGUGGUAUCUUCGCCCAGAGCUGAGUGGGGCAUGGUGACCUCAGUCCUGAGCCUGGCCAAGGGUAGGUGUCUCUACUGACACCCCUUUGCUCUCUAAGGCCAGGGAAGGCAGGACAUAGAGGUGUUUUCUCUUUCUCUCUGAGUGUCCAGGAACCCCACCAACAUGUCUUAAUAGUACACAGACUUUUGAGAGCCCAGUGGGUAUGGCAUAUGGAUGGCACAGAGGCUGCAGGGAGGGUGCAGGCAGGGAGGAAAGAGUGGGGGGCAGGGGGGGAUUCCUGGUCCACUGGCCACUGUCCCGCCUCUGGCAAGGCCUUUAGGAGCCCAGCCCCAUUCUGCUCCCUGGAGCUCCCGCCCCUGUAACAAUACCUCUGAUUUCCAAGGGAGGUUGCCGAUCGCACAUGGGCCGCCAAACAUCCAGGCUUCCAGUACAUUCUCCCACAUUUGGAAGAAACUCGAACGUCAGGUUUUUGGCUUUAUUAUGACUUCAGAACUAGCCUAGCCCAUCUCUAAUUAUAAAAACAUGAUUUUUUUUCCCUUUUUUUUCUUUAUGCUCACAGUCAAGUGUCUGAUUAGGUUUGGAACAGCUCUAGAAUGAAUACGUAAAAAUUAGCAAUUUAAAAUUUCUUUACUGCAAGUUUAAAUAGUUGUACAGAUAGUUUAUAAGCACAAUAUUUUAAGAAAAAAAAGUGGCUGGUCUACUAGGCAGCCUUUGUGCCACUUCAGUGCUAGAAAGUUAAAGAAAAAAAUUUUGUGAUUUAAUAAUCCUAUUUCUGUGGAACAAUAAUAAAAGUAUGACCUUUUUAAAUCGACCUCAUUUGGAUGCACCUGAACCAGCAGCGCUGUGUUACAUUUUCUAUCUUUGCUAGAACUUUGUCAUCAAAGGACAAUUAUUCAAAAGUGGUUACAAUUCACAAUGCAGCAGUUUCUCCCAAAUCUCACACACACACGCACACAAUUUCUCCAACUACAUGCCCCUGAGUUGGAAACUGAGCUUUGGAUCUUCUCCUAUUCCAAAAUCUUUUGCAGGUUGAUCGUUGUAUUUGAAUGAUUCCAUCCAACUUGCAAUCAAUUGAGUAUUAAGGCACUUUACUGCACAUACUUUUGAUUUUUCCAUCGUGAGAUGAAUAUUAGUCUAGAGAAGUGUCACGCCAGGAUGCCACAGGUGGCCUGUGAGGCUGCCUGAUAUUAUGAUGAUGCAAAAAUGGUGGAUUGGCCAGUAUUUGUCUUCCACUUGGCAACACUGCAAAGUUCAGUCAAACACGAUCUCACCAUGGCCCGUGUCCUUUGCCUAUAUUGAUGUUACCUCUGUGCUCAUGCCAGGCCAAAGGCUACACAGAAUGGGCAUGAAGGCAGUGGCUGGCAGUGUCCCCAGUCGCUCCCCAGUGGCUUUAGGUUGGCGGCCAGUGGCAAGAGCUGGCUGCCCCUCCCCUUCUUAAAGAGCCUUCAAACCACGAGCAAACAGGGUGACGACGGAAACAAGAGCUGGUUCGAUCAUUCGUUUUUACCUUGUCUUACUGUAGAAGAGUCACAGAACCUGCCAGAACCUGCACUGGCCGCAGAACGCACAACGCUGAGGUGAAUCAGUCUCUAGCUUUAGUUGAUGGUUUUGCCACCGAAAAGCAAUAGUUUCUCAUCCACAGCUCCACCCCCUGCUCUCCCACUCGGGGCGUGUCGGACCAGGCCCUAUUCCAUGACCUCUUUAAUGGUGGAACAAAUGUUAAACUGCUCAUAUAAAGAUCAUGUUAAUGCUAUUCCAGGUUUUAAAAUCAACUUUUGUUACAUACUGUAAUUUAAACAAACCACAUUCACAUGCCUACUUUCUGUAAUAUUGUGUACACAAAACCAAAAUCACUCAAGAUGUAAAUUCUGUAUACCUGCUCAGAUACCUUCUCAGGGUGUCUGUGCAUUUUAAGUUAAUUCAUAUAAAAAUGACUCAGUGUGACUGUUGAUUUGCUGAUCCCUACAUGUCACAAAGUGAUUUGUAGUACUUUAGUUAAUAAAAUGGUGAUUUUUUUUGAAUUAUUGAACAAGCAAGUAUUAUCCAGGUGAUCUGGCAAUGACUUUUUGUGUGUGGGCCACAAAUAUUGAUUUUUCCCAUUAAUAAAUUUUUUUGGUUUUUAGAAACUAUUGUUUCACACUAUAGUUUGUGUAACACAUGUUCACAUUAUCUGUUGCUGUUACUAUUGUGCUUUUAUUCUUUUUAGACUUUAUUUAAAAACAAAAAACAAGCUCCUGUAAUUUGCACUUUCUCCCAAUCCUUAAGUCUCUUGUAUGGCAACCAAAACUACUGUAAAAAGACAAAUAAAUAUACUAUUGCACUAA